GUAAUCAAUAAUCUACGUACUGAAUAUGUACAAAAUAGGCGACCAUAUACAAUAAAUGUGAGUCUCGGGAUAAGUUCAGAAAAAAGAGCGCCGAAGCUCAUUAACGUCCAUAACACGCAGAUUAAAAUACCGACUUGUUGCUAGAUUUCGCAUGAUUUUCGGGUCGCUCUCACCAAAUAACCGUUGCGAUAGUAUCCGCUUUCUACAAUAUUAUAGGCAACAACCUAUAAGCAGUUGCUCUUUCCUCAAACGUGCUAAAUGCUUUUUUAGAGUUACCAAACGCUACUGUGGUGAGUUAUGGUUGUGGAGAUAAACAGUAAGUAAUAACAAAUUUAUCAGCAGGUGCAGUUUUUUACAGUGGUUUUUUUUUCCCUUUCUUUCCCUGGACCGCCACGUCCGUUAUCGCGAAGCCAUUUCCGCGAUCCGAGUACAGUACACCAACAUGGGACAUCAUCGCAAAUCUGCUUCUUGUACCGCCAUUCCUCCUGCCUCAGUUUUUUCUUCCGCAUCCUCUUCGAGCAGUAACAUUCCAGGCAACCUUGCCGGUUUGUCAGAUCACGGCCAUGGUUAUGCCAUGAUGAAUCCCAAAGCCGAAAAUUCCGCUACAACAAGCGCACGAACACAUACUAUCCACGACGAAACUACAAUAAGCCAGCGACAGUUGUCUUCAUCCACGGUCAACGGGACCGUGUUCCCACUACCGUCGGUUUGCUUAUUUUCGCAAAGUGCGCUGGCCAACGAGAAUUCACUGGAGGAGGAAAUCGUUCCUUACACCUCCGAUGAUGUAUCGUCGGAACAUAUUACCUUGCUUGUUGGUAUACUGGAAUCUCUACUUCGGUUCGCGGAUGAGAUACCAAACUCGGUGGAAAAAGACCUUUGGGACGACGAAAGAUUGUCGAUCGAUGAUAAAGUGCCGGACAGUAACAGCGAAAGACAGAAAGAAGAGAGCGGUUGUGCUAUCCUUGCGCUGAGUAAUUUCAAGGUGCUGGUAUGCAGUCUAAGCGACGGUACCGUGACCGAUUACCGAUACCGAGAUGAUUUAUGUUUGGUGGUCAUUGUGUCAACCGUCUUCUCUGAUGAGACGUUGCUUAAAAAUAUGAAACUUAUGCAGCAAACAAUCCAAGCAUCUGGGAUAACCCAAAAAGGAACGUGCAAGGAAGUAGGCCAGCAUAUCCUUCCAUUGGCUCGUUAUUGGUUUCAUCAUUCAGAAAAUUCCAGGUCAUGAUUCGCGUCUGCCUGUUGCUGUCAAGAACAUGCGAGUUGAUCUAUCCCGGUAAAUCGAAUCGAGGGAUUAGGUUGAUCCACCGUCAAUCUGUGUCUUAUUCUACAAAAUAAUGGGUGUAGGAUAUAUUCAAUCUAUUGCGGUAACAGUUCAUGUAUGCGGCUUUGAUUAUCAUUGAAUAAAUGUAUGAUAUGACAAAAAAGGAACA